UUGACGUUGGAGCAGUACUGGUGGAAACAAUUAUUGAAAAUAGGAAAAACUGAAAUGAAUACAAAAUAUCUUGCAGUUUUCUUUACAAUUGUUAUAAUAUGUACCAUAUUGUUGCCGGUUUAUAGCGGAAUGUUGCCUGCUGACUUUACAAAAUGUAAAGUGGGAGAUAAUGCUUGUGUCCGUGAUAAAAUGCAGGAACUAUACGAAAAAUUUCCCAAAGGUAAUCCCAGUUUAGCUCUGCCCGACAUAUCCGCACUGUAUAUGGAGAAUAUAACUGUGGCCCGUGCCAAUAGUGGAUCCCCUCUACAACUAGAUUUCAAAUUUUUGGAUUUAAUCAAUUAUGGCAUAGAAACGGCCAAAGUAAUAAACACCACAGGAUGGAUCAAGGAUCCCAGUAUUAUCGAAGUAGACGCUGAAAUUCCCUUACUAAAAUUGGUGGGCCAUUACCAAGUGAAGGGAAAAAUUUUACUAUUCAACCUGAAAGGGGAAGGCAAGGCUACAUUUGAAUUAACCGAUUGCAAGAUACACCUUAAAGGCCGUGUGAAACUCGAAAAAAGAAGUAAUGGAAAAAAUUAUCUUAAACCGAUAAAGUUAAUAGCUACAUUGGAACCCAAAGAAGUUGUUGUCCAAAUGGAAAAUUUAAUAAAUGGCAACAAGGAGCUGUCGGAUAGUGUAAAUGCUAUUAUAAAUGAGAACUGGCGUGACAUUUGGGAGGAAUUGAGGGAUGGCACCAAUAAUGUUAUAUCCCAAUUAUAUUUUACUAUAAUCGGCAAUGUUCUCAAUGUGCUAUCAUAUGAUGAUUUUUUUGCAAAAUAAAAUUGUAAAAUUUAA